CGUGGAGUCUCUGGUGAGACGUUCGCGCUCGGUUCUUUUUGGUCCUCGGUGGUUCCCGUAGCACGCAGUAGCACAACGUGCGUACAGAGAAGAGAAGUGAAGUGAGGAGGACUUCUGGUGUGAAAAGCUAAAAGUGACUCGACACAAUAACCAUCAUGGCAGAAAAACAAGAAGAGAUGUCUUCACUGGAGAUGAAAGUGGCCCGACAAGUAGAGUACUACUUCGGGGAUCACAAUCUUCCGAGAGACAAGUUUCUCAAAGAACAGCUGCAGCUCGACGACGGCUGGGUGACUUUGGAGACGAUGCUGAAAUUCAACAGAUUGAAGUCCUUAACUGCAGAGAGCAGCGUCAUCGUUGCCGCUCUCCAGAAAUCAAAGACUGGCCUCUUGGAAAUCAGUGAAGACAAGACUAAGAUAAGGAGGUCUCCAAACAAGCCCUUACCCGAACUGAACGAUGAAUACAAAGACAUACUCAAACACAAAUCUGUGUACAUGAAAGGUUUCCCUCUCGAAACAACCCUCGAUGAGAUCCAGGAGUGGCUGACUGGAAAAGGCGAAAUAGAAAACAUUCAGAUGAGGAGAAACCUGCAGAGGCAGUUCAAGGGAUCCGUGUUUAUCUGUUUCGACACAGAAGAAUCAGCGAAGCAGUUCCUGGCGCGUGAAGACAUAAAAUCGUUCAAAGACAAUGAGAUGCUUGUGUUAUCCAGGGAAGACUACCAUGCAAAAAAAGCAGAAGAGAGAAAACAGUUUAAAGCAGAGACAAAAGCAAAAGCCAAACAUGACAAGGAACGACAGCAGAAAAAUGCAGAAGACAAAGAAAUGGGUCUGCUUUUGGACGAACAGACAGGUUGCCUAUUGAAGUUUUCAGGAGAGCUUGAAGAUGUUUCAAGAGAGGACUUUCAUGAAUUGUUCUCCGGGCAUGGAAAGAUAAAAUGGGUUGACUUCACAAGAGGGGCCAAAGAGGGCACCCUUCUUUUUGACGGGAACGCAAAGGAAGCGUUUGAAAAGGCCAAAGAGGCCAACGGGGGAGAACUGAAGAUCAAGGACAACACGGUUACAUGGCAGGUGCUCGAAGGAGACGAGGAGAAGGAGGAGCUGAAGAACAUCAUUGAAGCUCAGCAAGAGUCAUACAGUCGGUCCAGAGGCAGAGGUGGAAGAGGAAGAUCAGGCGGCAGAGGAAGAGGAGGCCGAAGGGGAAGAGGUGGCAGAGAUCAAGGCAGAACUCAGUACCAAGGAAAAAAGACGAAAUUCGAUAGUGAUGAUGAGGAUGAUGCACCUGCCGCUAAAGUUGCUAAAACUGAAAACGGAUCUUAGUCACCAUGUCACACCUGAAUUUUUCUUUAACGGAAACAUUUAUUACAAACAGUGAAAAUACAGAGGCAAGGUAAAUCCAUUCCAGUGAGAGCUUCAGGCUUUGGAGAACCGUAGGAAGUCCACCUGGAUGUCAACCUAUGAAAAAUAUUUGCAAAGCUUGGAGUAAAUCCCUAAAUGUUGUGCCUCCUUUAAUUUGUGUUCCUAUAUUUCUCUUCUGAAGAUGUUUUGAUUUUAUUCAGGAUAAAGCAGCGUUUUGACAGUAAUCUGGUAGAAUAUUUUAGUUUUUCUCAUGUGACAUCUAGAGUCUGUGUGCCAUUGUUUUGAAAUCCCUUGCUUUGCUCAUUUUUUAAGUUUUCAUAUGUGAAUAGCAAAUAAAACAUUUAUUAAAAACAA